CUUCUGCGGCAGAUCCUCGAGACGCUCCAGGACUCAAGUAUCGCGGAAAAAGGAGACAAGGACGAACGGAGCAGGUUCUGGGCGACUUACGACCAAGUUGUUGAAGAGCAUGAUGAAGAGUUCUUAGAGCGGAGCAACAGCGAUAUGGACAUCCUGCUCAUUUUCGUA